ACACAAGCCCCGAGGCGAGCAGCCAGUAAACCUCAUUCUAAACUUUAUUCUUCUCGUGGUCGCAUCUCAAAACGUUCAAAAUCAUAUUUUCAAAUCUAUAACCGACCGACCGUACAAAGUGACUAGCGGUGACUAAUUCGAAAAGUAUCUGAAUAUCGUGAGACGCGAGUUGAUCGGCAAAAAGGAUCGAAACUUCAACGCAGAAGUAUAAUUGUUUGAUGAAAGUUAGAGGAGUUCUUUUUGUUUAUUUUGAAUGUCGGUGAAUGAAACGAGAAUGUUGAACCAGGAUACACAGAUGACAGCGCUUGACCUGAGGAAGGAGCGCUUUUUGGUGUCCUGGGUCAACAGAGAACUUCGCGCUGACUUUCAGAUCGUGGAGGAGUUUUGCACCGGAGCUGCCUUCUGCCAGCUGGUGGACAGGGUUCAGCCUGGAAUCAUCGAUUUGCGUCGCGUGAAGUUCAUGUGCAAUCGCAUGACGGCGUUCCGUGGCAACUACAACCUCCUGGAGGAGGGACUACUCAAGCUGGGCAUCGACAAGGCUGUUCUCGACAAGAUACUCCCGCUGGAGAAGAUAAUUCGGGGUCACCAUCGGGCCCUUAGUGAGUUGACUGCCCGGAUCCGUCGUCUGGUACGUCGGUAUGCCACCGAUUAUCCGGAACCGUAUAAUGCUCUGGAGCGACGUGGCUAUCAGGACAUCUGUGUGGCGGCGCCGGAAAUGGUGGAUGUGGCCUGCCAGGCCGCCUUGGGCGCCGAUAUGUUGCGUCUUCGUCUGGUGCGCUGGGAUCUGAACCUCAUCGAUGAUGGGGAGAACAGAAAUGGUGACCCAAAUGGUCCACCGAAUGGUGACCCAAAUGGUCCACCGAAUGAUGACCCAAAUGGUCCACCGAAUGGUGACCCAAAUGGUGAACCUAAUGGCAACCCAAAUGGCGAUCAAAAUGGUGACCCCAACGGCGUACCAAAUGGUGACUCAAAUGCCAACCUAAAUGGUGACCCAACUGACCAACCAAAUGGCGAACCAACUGCCAAUGUCCAGGCCGAGGAAGCUCCAGCACAGGAGCAAGCUACAACAUCUGGGGGAGCUAGUGGCGACACUGCCACUGCCAGUGUCCGGCCUACUCGUCGGGGUCACUUCCUGCCGCUGACCAACCUCAGCUCCUACCAUGACGUCUUCAACAAUGCGGUCCGUGCCCAGCUGAUGCAGACCCUGACCCAUGCAGAGAGGCCUCAGGCCUCCAGUUCCAGUUCAACCAGUUCCAGUUCCAGUUCCACCAAUUCACAAUCUAACUGAAUGGCCUAGCAGCCUAUCAACCAACCUUUUGGACUUCCAAAAAAACAACCAUUUCGGACUUAUAUCACUUGGACUUCUUGGAACAAUUUCUUAGAACAGCUUCACCUUAAAGAGUUUCCUAGUCUCUUAGCUUUUAUUUAUUCGAUGAAGAAACUGCUUUUAAAGGAUAUCUGGAUCUAGUUAAGUUUCAAUCAUCACUGAAUGAAAGACAAAGAAAUGUUCCAAUGAGACGAGAGCCUUGUGACGAAUUCUCAAACACAACAAAGCAAUAUUGUUGACGAAAAUUGUACCAUUUUUUUUAAGAAAUUAAAUUAUCCUGUGUUCAAAUUUG